AACAGGGUAGACGGGUAGACGGUGGACGAAAAAUGACAAUAGCCCAGCCAAAAAUUUUUUUUAGAACAAAUAAUAUGUUCUUGAAGGAAAACAUUGUUUGCCAAUUUUCUUUGACCGUUUGUUACAAUUAUUUUAUCAUUUAUGGUGCUUAAUAAAUAUCCGUUAGUUUGGAAAAAUUACCCUGGGAAAACCGAAAGAAAUGACACUUGACUUUCCCUCAUGGAUACUGUAAACUUAACUCGUAUUUGACCUAUAAAAUACAUACAGGCAAUCAUCAAAGUUUUAUACAGGUAUUACUAUGAAAGUAGUAGCGUUAAUCAGCGGUGGCAAAGACAGCUGCUACAACAUGAUGCAGUGCAUCGCAGCUGGCCAUGACAUUGUGGCAUUGGCUAAUCUAAAACCACACAGUAAGGAUGAAUUAGAUAGUUAUAUGUACCAAAGUGUUGGCCAUCAAGCUGUUGAAUUAUAUGCUGAAGCGAUGGGAUUACCAUUGUUUAGGCAGCAAACGAAUGGUGUUGCACUACAGCAAGAAAAAAUAUAUACUCGAACACCCGAGGAUGAAGUUGAAGAUUUGUUUGACCUCCUUGCAAACAUUAAAAAACAAAUUGAUUAUGAUGCUGUGGCAGUUGGCGCUAUUCUUUCUGAUUACCAACGAUUACGUGUAGAAGAUGUGUGUUCAAGAUUAGGGAUAUGCUCGUUAUCUUACUUAUGGCGUCGAGAUCAAAAGGAAUUGUUACAAGAGAUGAUUGAUUGUAAUAUAGAAGCAAUUGUCAUUAAAGUAGCAGCUCUUGGAUUAGAUCCUACUAAACAUUUGGGCUUACGAAUUGAUAAAUUAAUGCCUCAUUUAGUUAAAAUGAAUGAAAAAUAUGGCUUAAAUAUAUGUGGAGAAGGUGGAGAAUACGAAACGUUCACUCUUGACUGCCCUUUGUUCACCAAAUCGGUGAUCAUUGAAGAAUUUGAAACAGUAAUGCAUACAAACGAUACUAUUGCACCUGUUGGAUAUAUAAAUUUCAAGAAAUUUUGUUUGUUGAAAAAACCUAAUGUCGAUGAAAACCAGAGUUUUCAUGAUCGUUUGGCAGGCUAUCCUGUCCGUAGUCCUUUGGCACAUUUGAUGGAUUUGGAUGAUUUAGAAAUUGACCUUGGGACUGUUAACGACAGUGAUAGUUUAGAGGACGAUGUUGCAGAUAAUAAUAGCAUCAUUAUUGAUCACAUCGAUGGCCAGCUAAAUACUGGAGAAAUCGUAGAAACAGACUCUGUGUCUUGCAUUGGAUAUCCGAGUGGAUGGACUUGGAUAAACUCGUUAGUUGGUCAUUGGGUUGAAGACAAAUGCCCUAUUGUAGUCGUUUUAGAAAAAUUAAGAGAUAUAUUGCAGGAAAGGAACUUGGAGUUAUCUGAUGUAGUUGCUGUGACCUUAUACGUACAUGAUAUGACAGAGUUUCUGAAUCUGAAUGCUCUAUAUGCAUCAAUAAUGUGUAGAGUGAGUCCUCCAGUAAGAGUUUGUGUUGAAAUACCAUUAUCAGAGAGAACUCCUAUUCUAAUGGAUGUUGUAGCGUAUAAGCCACCAUUAAAAACUUCUUCAAACUCUAAUCUCCCUGCAGUUACCAAACAUACCAUGCAUGUACAAAGUAUAUCUCAUUGGGCACCUGCAAACAUUGGACCCUAUAGUCAAGCCAUAAGAGUUGGGGAUAUCAUUUAUGUGGCUGGACAAAUAGCUUUAGUGCCAGGAACGCUAAGCAUUGUUGGAGGCGGAAUCCAGAGGCAGUGUAGACUCUCAUUACGUCAUGUAAGCAGAAUUAUAAAGGCUGUUGAUCCCAACACACAACUCAGAGAUGUUGUUCAGGGAAUUUGUUAUGUUACAAACAGCAAGUAUAUUCACGCAGCAAGAACAGAGUGGGAGAAGCGUACAAAUAAUGCUAUUGUUGAUUAUGUAGUAGUUACACGGCUUCCUAAAGAUGCGAUUGUAGAAUGGCACUUGUGGGCACAUAAGCACAAUUCUAGGUUUGAGUAUGAAGAGACUGGUUGUUGUGUUGACAAUUACAGGGUGUCAAUACGCCGUCGUUGGAAUUAUGAAAAUAAUGUUGCUGCAAUAGUUACAUAUAUAUCAUCUGGUUCUUGUACUUCAUUAUCAGCCAUUAAUGAUACUCCAGAUACGUCUACAGAAACUAUAUCGGCUACAGGCUUGGAAGAGGCAUUUCGGUAUUCUUUAAAACGACUUCUUCGAGGAGAGCCAACUUCAACACCAACUGAUGCUAUAUGUUCUUUACGAAUAUUUUAUAAAGUAUCUCGCGAGCAAAAACCUGUUUGUAGACAACUCAUUAACACCACACUAAAUACCCUUAAGACAGAGUUCCGGAUUGUCGCAACAGUUGUACCCGUUUUACAUUUGCACCACCCCAAUACAUUUGUAUCUGUCUGUGCACUGAGACACAAUACUUAAGUUGUAAUGCCUUUAUUCCGACCAAAUAGCACUCACCUAUUGUAGUUAGAAACAUUCAUUAUGUUUAGUGGUUCAUUAUUAACAUUUUAAAAUAAUUAUAGCUUCAGCUUUUAAAUGAUUACUUAGUUGUCAUAUGGCUGUAAAAUACUAAAAUGUACAAUUUUAUUCUAAAAAUUUCAGUUUACAAUAGAAAAAUAUAAAUUUCAAUAUAUCAAUUAUAAAACAGUCCGUCCGAUGUUCAUUUUUAGUUUUUUUUAAGUGUGCUUUACCAAAAACGAUUUAUUUGCUCAAAAACAAUUUUGUUUUAAGAAAACUACUUUAUAAUACCAAAUUAUCAAACUAAAAAAGGUGUGCAAAAUUUAAAGUGGCUUUCUAGUUUGUAUUUUUCUCAAAUGUACUUUUUAAAAUAUUGUGUGAAUAUAUACCAUUAUUUUAAUAACCUUAAUGGUACUAAAUUAUUUAAUGUUCAAUUUUAUCUUUCACUAUUUAAACAAAGGUUGCGCUGUGGAUAUUUAUUUAUUAUUA